UUUGCCGUACUGUCGGAAGUGGACAACACGCAGAUGUCCUUGCUGAACGUUUCAAGUCUCGGCCUUCUGUCCUUCCUUUAGGAAGCAGUUCAAGCAGGCCUUCUGGUUGUACUAAUCACUUUUAUUGACCGAAUGAAUCGAAAUGAAAUCUGUACGUGCCGCCGGGACGACUGCGUCUGAACGUUCGGAAUCCGUUCAACGUGACGCGUGCGCGCGGAGAGAAGUUUUUUUCCGCGAUCUUGUGCGAUUGGACGUGACCCGACGCGCAGGAGCCGCCCCACCGCCCACGGCCGGAGGCGAGAGCGUCGGCGAUCCCGAAUUCCCGAGCGCCCCUGAACGCAGCAGCAGCAGCAGCAGCAGCAGGCUGACUGCGUUAAGAUGGCGGACUGCAUACGUGUUCUCCAGCUCUUGCUUUUCUUGUGCGUCUCGUCGCUUUUCCGGCCCGGUCGAGCGGACGACAACGGCCAGGCCAAAGCCAGGCCCUUCGCCGCCAACCUCCAGAACCUCCCCGGCGGCGCUCUACCGGUCUCCGUCGAGAGGAACCCGGCCCCCGGCGGCGGGGCCUCGGCACCUCGGAAGCGCUCGGGCGUCUGGAAGCUGUCCGAGCAGGCGGUGUGCAGGGACGACCUGACGCGCCUGUGCGCCAAGGAAACGUGGAGCAACAACCUGGCGGUGCUGGAGUGCCUCCAGGACAAGAAGGAGGAGACGGAAAUCGCAGCCGAAUGCAGCCACCUGCUGUGGAACUACAAGCUCAACCUGACCACCGACCCCAAGUUUGAGUCUGUGGCUGUGGACGUGUGCAGGUCCACCAUCUCCGAGAUUAAAGAGUGUGCGGCAGAGGAGCUGGGCAAAGGGUACCUGGUAUCGUGCCUGGUGGAACACCGCGGCAACAUCAGCGACUACCAGUGCAAGCAAUACAUCACCAAGAUGACCAGCAUCGUCUUCAGCGACUACCACCUCAUCUGCGGCUUCACCGAGAAGUGCCGCGAUGACAUCAACACGCUGCACUGCGGCAGCAUCAGCUCCGGAGACAAGGACAUCCACUCGCAGGGCGAGGUGAUCGCGUGCCUGGAGAAGGGCCUGGUGCGCGAGGCCGAGGAGCGGCCGGGGGCGUACGCCAUCAAGGACGAGUGCAAGAAGGCCAUCAUGCGGGUGGCCGAGCUCUCCUCGGACGACUUCCACCUGGACCGUUAUCUCUACUUCGCUUGCCGGGACGACCGCGAGCGCUUCUGCGAGAGCACGCUGGCAGGCGAGGGGCGCGUCUACAAGUGUCUCUUCAACCACAAGUUUGAGGAGGCCAUGUCGGAAAAGUGUCGCGAGGCGCUGACCACCCGCCAGAAGCUGAUCGCCCAGGACUACAAAGUCAGCUACUCGCUGGCCAAAGCCUGCAAGUCGGACCUGCGCAAGUAUCGGUGCAGCGCCGACAACGGCGUGCCCCGGGCCCGCGAGGCGCGGCUGUCCUACCUGCUCCUCUGCCUGGAGUCGGCCGUGCAUCGAGGUCGCGUCGUGAGCGGCGAGUGCCAGGGUGAGAUGAUGGACUACCGCCGCAUGCUGAUGGAGGAUUUCUCGCUGAGCCCCGAGAUCGUGCUGCACUGCCGCAGCGAGAUCGAGGGCCACUGCUCGGGUCUGCACCGCAAAGGCCGCACGCUGCACUGCCUGAUGAAGGUGGGCCGCAGCGACGCCAGCCCCGUCGACGGCAACUGCCAGCGAGCGCUCCAGGCGCUGAUCCAGGAGGCCGACCCGGGCUCCGACUACCGCAUCGACCGCGCCCUCAACGAAGCCUGCGAGUCGGUCAUCCAGACGGCCUGCAAGCACAUCCGCAACGGCGACCCCAUGAUCCUGUCGUGUCUGAUGGAGCAUCUGUACACGGACAAGAUGGUGGAGGACUGCGAGCACCGCCUGCUGGAGCUGCAGUACUUCAUCGCACGAGACUGGAAGUUGGACUCCAUCCUGUACAGGAAGUGCCAAGGGGACGCGGCGCGCUUGUGCCACACGCACGGCUGGAACGAGACCAACGAGAUGAUGCCGCCCGGCGCCAUCUUCUCGUGCUUGUAUCGCCACGCCUACCGGUCGGUGGAGCAGGGCCGCAGGCUGUCGCGGGACUGCAAGGUGGAGGUUCAGAGGAUCCUCCACCAGAGGGCGCUGGACGUCAAGCUGGACCCCGAGCUGCAGAGACGCUGCAUGACUGAUCUGGGCAAGUGGUGCAGCGAGAAGACCGAGGCGGGACAGGAGCUGGAGUGUCUUCAGGACCACCUGGAGGACCUGGUCCUGGACUGUCGCAACGUGGUGGGAAACCUGACCGAGCUGGAGUCCGAGGACAUUCAGAUCGAGGCGCUGCUGAUGCGAGCCUGCGAACCGGUCAUCCAGGCGCACUGCCACGAGGUGGCAGACAACCAGAUCGACUCCGGAGACCUGAUGGAGUGUCUGGCGCAGAACAAGCACCAGAAGGAGAUGAACGACAAGUGCUCGGUGGGGGUCACGCACUUCCAGCUGAUCCAGGUCAAAGAUUUCCGCUUCUCGUACAAAUUCAAGACGGCCUGCAAGGAGGACGUCCUCAAACUUUGUCCCAACAUCAAGAAGAAGGUGGACGUGGUGACUUGUCUGAGCAGCGCGGUGAGGAACGACACCCUGCAGGACGCCAAGGAGCAGCGCGUGUCCGUCAAGUGUCGCAAGCAGCUGCGGGUGGAGGAGGUGGAGAUGUCCGAGGACAUCCGUCUGGAACCGGAUCUGUACGAGUCGUGCAAGCAGGACAUCAAUCGGCUGUGUCAGAACGUGGCCUUCGGAAACGCACAGGUGAUGGAGUGCCUGAAAGAGAACAAGCGGCAGCUGACUCAGCGAUGUCGCCAGAAAAUCUUCAAACUGCAGGAAGUGGAGAUGGUGGAUCCCGAACUGGACUAUCAGCUCAUGAAGUUCUGCAAGCACAUGAUCAGGCGGUUCUGCUCGGAGUCAGAAGGCAAGAACGUCCUUCAGUGUCUGAAGCAGAACAAGAACAGCGAGCUGAUGGAUCCCAAGUGCAAGCAGACCAUCACCAAGCGGCAGAUCACGCAGAACACGGACUUCAGGCUGAACCCGAUCCUGCGCAAGGCGUGCAAAGCCGACAUUCCCAAGUUCUGCCAGGCCGUCCUCAACUCGGCGCCGGCCGACGGCGAGCUGGAGGGUCGCGUCAUCGGCUGCCUCAAACUCAAGUACGCCGACCAGCGCCUGUCAUCCGACUGCGAGGACCAGAUCCGGGUCAUCCUGCAGGAGUCGGCGCUGGACUACCGACUGGACCCUCAGCUCCAGCUCCACUGCACUCAGGAGAUCUCGCAGUUGUGUCCGGAGGAGGCGGCGGCGCAGGAGCAGAUGGGUCAGGUGGAGGAAUGUCUCAAGGUCAACCUGCUGAGGAUCACGCAGGAAGCGUGCAAGAAGGAGGUCUUGAACAUGCUGAAGGAGAGCAAGGCGGACAUCUUCGUGGACCCGGUCCUGCACACGGCCUGCGCCCUGGACAUCAAGCACCACUGCGCCGCCAUCCCGCCCGGCAAGGGCCGCCAGAUGUCGUGCCUGAUGGAGGCUCUGCAGGACAAACGCGUGCGUCUGCAGCCCGAGUGCAAGAAGCGCCUUCAGGACCGCAUCGACAUGUGGAGCUACGCCGCCAAGGUGGCGCCGGCGGAGGGUUUGUCGGACCUGGCGGCGCAGGUGCUGACGUCCCCGUCCAAGAACUACAUCCUGACCGUGACGGGCGCCGGCGUGGCGCUGCUCUUCCUGAUGGGCCUGCUGUGCGGGAGGUUCACCAAACGCGUCACGCGGGAGCUGAAGGACAGGUAGAGCCCCCCCCACCCCCCCCCACCCCACCUCACCCCCGUCCCCCCGCCCCGCCCGCGCUGGGUUCUGGUCACGCCUGCAGGAGGAACGCCCGCCCACUUCCCUACCCGGAACGCUCAAAGUGGAUGUCAACCACUCUUUUAGCCCCGCCCACCGUCGAGGAGCCCCCCAACUUCCCUCCCGUUUUUUUUUUUUUUUUUUUUCUGUGCUGGUCGGGGUUGUCGGUCAGGGGUCAAAGUGAAGAUGUGAAGGGAGCUCAAUAUGUACAUUUAUUAUAAAAAAAAAAAACCUGCUCGCCUGUGGAGCGCUGUGGUGACUCCGCCCCUUAUCGUGCUGGGACUGCCAGGUAGGUGGUGCCAAGCCAACCCCCCCCCCAACGACUUCUUCUGUAACUUGGGUUUUUGUUUUUGUUCUUGAGGCCCCCCACAGCACACCCGUGCCAUAAACGCAGCACCACACCUGCCAUUCGCCGGCCCGCCGUGUCGUGAUUUCCAUCUCGUGACGUCACAAAGAUUUCAUCAGAUUGUGACGGCGUGUCCGCGAGGUCGUUUCGGGAAAGACGUUGCAAACAUGCAAAAUCUUGUGCUGAGAUCAUAUUUCUGGCGAAAACGUCAUUACAGACAUUUUCAGAAAAAUCUUAUGGUACACGAUCUUAUCAAGUCUAUUCAGAAUCGUUCCUUUUUUUAUUCCCCUUCAAAAUUUUUCAUCAAAGCAGCGAUAUCAUGUUGUGGCAUUUUGGCUGUUGUGACUUGAACGCCUGCCCAGUGAUUUCAUUUUAGUGCUGCAAUUUCCUUCUUUGUCGCUGCCAGUAAAAGUUCAAAUCGACGACGAUAAAAAAAAAAAAAAAAAGACAGCUGUGACGUCAUCGUCGCGCGGAUGAGUCAGUCGACGAUGCGGUGACAAAAGUUGGUCGGCACCGUUGUGACGUUUCCUUAUUGCUGGUCAGACUUCUGGGUGCAAUUUUUUAUUUUUUUUUUCCCUGGAUUUUUUAAAAAUUUUUUAAGUUGUUGUAAAUCGCGUGGUGUGGACCUGCUGCCGCCCUCUGUGGGGGGGAGUUGAGAUCAUCGCAGGAAGCAAAAAAAAAAAAAGCAAAACAUUGACGUGGGGGAGAGGAUGGAAUCGUUGCACAUUUGUCAGUCAUUUUGCAAGAUGUAUAAAACGGUCGCUAGUUAGCUCGUUAGCCUUAUUUAUUUGUAUACUACGUGGAACAUGCUUGCCUUCCAACAAAUGUUCUCCGCUCUGAUUGGACGGGAUUUUGUGACGUCGCUAUAAAAUGACUUGAAAUUUGAGCGGCUGCGAGGAGGUCGCCAUUUUCUUUGUGGGUCAAGUUGUCGCGGCGCCGUCGUUUCCGCGAGGGCUCGCACCUCUCCGAACCCGAAGCGAUGAGGUCACUGCGCAGUGACGUCACGCCAUCGCGUCCUCGCUUCGUGAUGAUGUGGUUUUGUUUUCGUCACCGCGUAAAAAAAACCGCGGCAUCGGCACGGAUUCGCGGCGACGCGAGCGCGUGAAUUGCGUGAAUGCCUCUUCUCGGUGUGGUCGUCGUGGCGAGCAGACGAGCUUUAUUCCGUGCUGAAGAAUUUUUUUUUUUUUUUUUUUGUCCACUUUCUCUGCUCUUUUUUUUUUUUUUUGUGUACAGAUAUGAACAUGAGUGGUUUGUUGAUAAUAAAGUCUGCAAGGUUUCUACUA